CCUGCUAAUAAAACAGUUGCCCACUCCACAGUACACCCGAGGUAAAUCAAUUAUAAGUGAAAAGACUGAAAAGUUACUUGAUUCAAGAAAUAGUGAAGCUACUGAGAAUUGUAGUUAGUUACUAGCUUAGCUACAAGUAGUGAACCCUAACCCUACUGCCCAACACUGAAUUUUAAAUUACAUUAUUUAAUUUAAUUACUUAUUAAUCACCACAACACCAUGAAUUACCACCACAACAUUAUGUUUGCUUCUUGAUAAUUGCUAGUUGUUUACUACUACUAGUGAAUUUAUUCUGAUGUACUUUGUCUGUCCGUUAGGUGUGAUGAAAACAGAGGAGCGUCACUUUGCCGAAGCGUGUGCCAGGCAGUUUCUCGACGUCGCUAAUCAGUGGGGGAUAACUGACAAAAUCAGCACUAUUGGGACAGACAGCGCUCCUAAUAUGGUGGCAGCAGGGAGGAUACUGCCAUUCGAGCAUGUGCCCUGUGUUGCGCAUGUUGUACAGAGAGCUAUUGUAAUGUCACUUCGGGAUGGUGGUUUUGAUGGUGCACUGGCCAAGUGCCGUAAAGUGGUCGGACAUUUCAAACACAGUCCGGCCAACUCAGACGAGCUGAAUGCCCAGCAAGCCUCCCUUGGACAAGAUCAGGAGCAACUUGUGCAAGAUGUUCCUACACGGUGGAAUUCCACCCUUGAGAUGAUCAAGCGUGUGAGGCGCAACAGAGACGCACUGCACACAACGCUGUCUCAGCAGAAGCACAAUCUGGCCCUCCCAACAAAUGCUGAAUAUGAGAAGUUGGCAAAUCUCGAGAAACAGCUGGAGCCAUGCAGGUACAUCACUGAGCUCCUUGGUGGGGAUAAGUAUGUAUCCUGCUCUGUGGUUCUACCUGCCCUGUGCCACCUCCAGCAUGCGAUGAAGAUCUCAGAUGAUGAUCCUGCCUACAUUGUGCGAUUCAAGGCUGCCUUCACCACGGACCUCAACCAGCGGAGGGAGAAAAUAAACCUGGAAUGGCUUAAGGUGGCGACUGCUCUAGAUCCACGUUUUAAGGACCUCAAGUGCUUGCCCAGAGCAGAGAGGGAGCCAGUGUGGGCAAAGCUAAGGGAGUUGGUGAAGGGAGAAGAACCUGCUCUGCAGCCACUCGGGGAGGAGAACCCUGAGCCACCCAAGAAGAAAACAGCCCUGCUAGUGAUGGAUUCAGACUCAGAAUCAGAGGAGGAGACACCAGAAGACAAUACUGUGGAGAGGUACAAGGUAGAGCCCAGUGCCAGCUUAGAUCAGUGUCCACUGAAUUGGUGGUCGGAGCACACUGCUGUCUAUGUUUUAAAGGGCUCAGCACUCAGUUGGUGGAAAGCUACCAAGAGUCAGGUACAUGAUUGGAUCUCAUUCAGAGAAGCCUUUCUAGCAGCUUUCCUAUCCACGGAUUACUUGAGUGAAGUGGAGGAGAAGUUGAGAACCACCGUUCAGAAGCCAGACCAGUGCCUCCGAGAUUUCGCCUAUGACUACCAGGAUUUAUGUCUGAAAUGGAAGCAGGACAUGCCUGAAGAAGAGAUUGUAAGGCGUAUCUUGAAUAAUAGCAAUCCUAAAAUAGCGGGGUGCCUCCGUGGGACGGUGACAACCGUGGCACAACUGGUGAAGGUGGGCUCUAUGGUGGAGAAGGACUGCUCUGGAGCCAAGGAGUACUGGCAGAAGGCCUAG